AUGAAUUUUGCGAGUAUUUCCUUCUCUCAUUCCAUUCAUUCGUUAGCCUACAGUACUCACUAUGGAAAUGUGUGUUGUGUCGGAACCUUUGAUUUGAAUCAUUGGUAUCAUCGUGGAGAGAUUCAUGUGUGCCAUGUAUCUUCAUUUAAUAAUAUCAGUGAGAAUGGCGAUUCGACAUUUCAUGAUUUGAAUGAAAAGCCUUUGAUUAAACAAAUUGCAGUACUGGAUAAUAAAGUGGGAGUGAAUAAGUUAAUGUGGUCCGAAAUUUUUAAAGAACUGGUGGCAUCAGCUAAUCAUGAUGGAACUGUGACGUUGUGGAAUGUCAACCAGAGUCAAAAAGUCAUUUCAAUUUUAGCAGACAAGGGGUACUCAAUUAAAUGUGUGGAUUGGAAUCAAUUUGGUGACUCUGCUACUCUGGUCCUUGUUGGAUCUACCUCUUCUAGGAUUAAAUUAUUUGAUUCGAGGAAUUUUGAAUAUGUUGUAGAGCAAUUUGCAGAGCAUACCAAAGUUAUUAAUGAUGUCAAAUGGAAUAAUAACAAUAAGGAUGAAUUUGCUAGUGUCAGUGAUGAUGGGCUUGUGAAAAUUUGGGAUAAAAGAGUUAAGAACAGCAUCAAUACAUUACUAGACAGAGAACAAGGAGGAUCUCCUCUUAAAUGCUGUGAUUGGCACAAGCAAAACGAUUGGAUUUUGGCAGUUGGUAAUGAUAACGGCCAACUUAUUAUUUGGGAUACUAGAAAUGAUUUACAACCUAUACAACGAAGACAAGCUCACUCAGCAUCUGUGCAGUGUAUUUCAUUCGACAGUUCAGAUGUGUCUCGAAUAAUGACAGGAUCUAAAGAUCAAACAUUGCGAGUUUGGAGUUCUAUAACAAAUUCAAAGCAACAACAAGAAGGCAUUUAUCUAACACAAGAACACAAAAUUCACAGAGAAUAUGUGCGAACAGUCGACUGGAAUAUUCACAAUCCAAAUAUUGUCACCUCUGGAAGUAUGGAUCAGAGUAUGGUUGCCGUUCCUCUUGCAUACAUGACUCAAGUGAGAGAAUAUGAAGUGGAGGGCUCUCUAGUGACUGAAAAAACGAGACCUCAAACCUUGUCUAAACUUUGA